UUUGUUAUAAAUUACUUCGAGUAGAAGCCAAAUCUCGUCAAAAGAUUUGGUAACCAGUUCACUCAGUGUAUCUGCAAUAAAUGACAUAAUCAAAAGUAAAUUUCAAUGAAAUUAAACAUAAUGAAACAUAUUUAAGAUCGAUUUGCAAUACAAAAUAAACUCUUUGGUAAGAAAAUCCUUUAAAAUUGUGUAUGAACAUAUUGAAUACAAAGUGACAGAAGUAAAAAUAAAACGUAACCUUGUGUCUUUGCCUCACCAUCUUCUAUGCUCCUGACUAAAGUAACUUGAAUGUCUUCAAUUAUGUUUUGUUUUUUAAAUGGAGACACAAGCAAAAUUGUCAUUUCUUCGAUUUCAUUUUUCUAUUCAUUAUUCUGUAAAUGUCCUCAAAAUGAAUACAUUAGACAGUCACAGGAACAAAAUUUAUCUUCUUAUAAAGAAUAAAAUGGAGGUUUCCUAACUUGACCCACGUGGGUCAGGUUAGAGCAUUAAAAUUUCACAAUAGUUGUCACAGUGAGCUUUGGAUACGUUUAAGAACAUGUCAAAUGAAUGAUUUAAUUAGGUUUGUUUCAAUCAUAUAAUAUCCACAAUAUAUGUUAUUGUAACGUCCAGGGUUUGUUUAAGUCACAUGCCUAGUUUUAAAAAUACUCGGGGAUUCUGUCGACGUCUAAAUUUCGCGAAACAUAUACUAGUAAGUAUUUUAAACUAAUUUUUCAUAAUUGCACCCUUUUCACUUAUAUUAAAAUGUUUAUCGAUGAAAUGUUAAACUAGUUUACAAUUAGUAUAUCAGCUAAUUAUAAGUGACUAAAAUCCAUAUAAACAUUAUAAUGUCAUUUCUAUGAAAAUGUUAGGAUCAUGAGUGGAUACAACUUUGGUUCAAGCAUAGAAGAAACACAAAAGGAAUACCAAAAAUUGGCUUCCAGUUACAAUAAGGAAUGUCAAUUAUACUGUUAUAUUGGACCGGCAAAGGUUGCUCAAAGGGUUGCAGAUUUAUUUCCGAAGGAUGUACGAGACAAUGUUAACAUUCUUGAUGUUGGUGCAGGCACGGGGCUAGUUGCUGUCGAGGUACGUUUUAUGUAUUAUAAUGCAUUAGUUCAGUGCGUGUUCGAUCUGAUAAAUACAAAUACAUAUGACGUCAUAACCGGAAGUGGUAUUUAUGGAGAGGGCGCUCACGUUCCACAUGAGGCUUUGUACGAGAUGUUAAGGCUGGUAAAACUAGGUGGAUAUAUUAUUUUAGCAGCACGUCAUGAACUUGUUAAACAUAACGAGAUAUAUAAACAUCUGGAACCAUUGAUGGAUAAACUAGAAACUAACCGGAAAUGGAAGAAAGUUUCACGUGAUGUGUUUCCAAAAUAUAAUCUGAAGACGAAGAAGGAUGGAGUUAUUUGGUGUUACCAAGUUUUAGAAAAAUAAUGUAGUUCAAUAUAAACACAACAUAUUUGUUUGCAUUUUUGAAAUGUUUUCGAAUUUGCAAUAGUAGCUUGCUGAUAUAGAGGGAGCAUAUUGUACACCUUAAAGUUUCAAUAUUGAUAUAUAUACUCGGUUCCUAUGAUAUC